GGUUGCCUCGUGGUCGAUCCGAUCGAGAUGGUCUGACGUCGACCGCGCACUUCUCGUUGCAGAUUCCACCAUUGCCUCUUGGACGGCCUGAACUGGUGCAACAUCAUCUGCUCGAGAUUCAUCGAACCGCCGAGUCGUCUGGAACCGAAGCGACCGUUCGGAGUCGCGGAAUUCCUGAGGGCGCUGUACGAGCUGCCGGCCGCGAUCUGGCGGGAGACGUCGGAGCCGGACGCGGUGCCCAUGACGCUGACCGGACGUCGCUUUUUCCACUUAUGUAAAUUUUCGUUGUCUGGACUCCGAAGAACCGCUCGGCGACACGGCACCUCCGUCAACGCCCUCUGCCUGUCGGCGUUCGCGGCAGCCGCGAAGCGAUACCUCCACUCCACCCUGUCCCUCCACCCGCGACUCUCGUCCAUGAUCCACCAAGCCUACCGAAGCGGACGCGACACCCCCUCGAUCGAGAAUCGCUUCUGCUUCACCCGGCUCAAGUUCCCAGACGCGGACACACCCGCCGCUCGCCUGCGAUCCGUCGACGCCGCCUUCCGGGAGAGCGUCGCCGGCCGCGACGUGGACGCCAUCUAUCUUCUCGUGAAGUGCCUCGCCAACGUCCUUCCCGGAAUCCUCACGGAGCGCAUCUUCGUGAACACGACCAUGUUUCUCGAGUUCACCAGUCUCCACGUCAUCCCCGACCGACCCAGGAAAUUCUUGGACCACCCUUUUCUGGGAUUCUUCGGCAUGACACCGCCCGGAAAAGCCUCAGGGAUGACGCUGUGCGUGACGGGGACGGGCGGGGACGAGGCGAGCUUCGCCCUGCUGGCCGACGCGGCCGUCGCUCCCUCUCGGCGGGAUCUUCUUCACCUGGCCCGGUUCGUCGAAGCCGAGAUCGGCGCGCUCGGGAGCGUAGGGGGAUGAGGCGACGCGGGUGACAUCUGUGUUUAGUCGUGCGA